UGUAUCACGUGGACGGGGGGGCUGUGGGGGUGGGGCCAGGCACACUCUCAUUUCCCUUGCAAAUGCUGUCAGCAGUUCCCUGUUGCCCUCACCCUGGCCACAGUCCGGCUGCUCCUCGGAGACUAGGAUGCUCAGAUGGAGUCCCUCAGCAGAGCUGCUCUGCCAUUCUCCCUCGGGGGGCUGCUACUCCUCACAGGAAUCCAUUCCACAUUCAUAAGCGUGCCCUCCAUCCUGCAUGGGGUCAGGGGCAGACCCCUGCUCCUGCCAGUGAAGUACAACUUUACUACUGCAAACGUGGAAAUCCAGGGUGAUUGGAAGCUCCACGACACCAUGCUGGUGGCUUUCAGGAACCGCAAUGUCAUCUCCCACCUGAGCAUGGAGCACCAGCAUACCUUCCUGCCCCCAAACGCAUCGCUGCUGAUCAACGUGUUGGAGGAGAAGGCGGAGGGACCGUACAAGGUGGACAUCCGGCUCAAGUUCGCCGACAAGCCUGAUAUCAUCGAGGAGAGCAGAGUGGUCCGAGUCACAGUCAACGUGCCAGUGUCCAAGCCAAACGUCCACAUGAGCCCCGGCUCUCCGGUCGUUGAAGACAAGGACAACGUGACGUGGACGUGCUCAGUGGACAAUGGCUCCCAUGUGCAGUACCGCUGGUUCCGGGACGGCGUUCCUGUCGGUACUGGUGACCGGUACAGCUUCUCAGGGGAUAACGGCAAGUUUGCCAUCAGUCCCGUUAGGAAAGAGGACAUUGGAGACUACGUCUGUCAAGUCAGCAACCACGUUAGUGAGGAGUGGAGCAGACCAGUCCCCCUAAGUGUAUUCUAUGGGCCAUAUAACCUGGAGGUGAGUGCCCAGCAGGGCCUGAAGACAGGCGAGGUGUUCACCAUCAACCCCGGGGAGCUGGUGUUAUUUGACUGCCACGCUGAUUCCAACCCACCCAACACCUGUGUGUGGAUCUCCAAGAGCCGCAACUCAACUAAGGUGGUGAUGAAGGGCCCCCGCUUGGAGGUGAUGUCCGAAAGGCUGGCCCAAGCCGAGGAGUAUGUAUGCCGUGCCUUCAACAACGUCACGCAAAAGCAAGAUGAGACCCAAUUUACCCUGGUGGUGGCAAGUCUGGGCACUGGAAAAGCGAAGCAUUUGCAGACAGAAAGUUCUGUGCCUCCGCUGGCAGUCAUCACCGUUUCGUGCCUGAUCAUCAUCGCCUGCAUGCUGCUGGUGCUCUUCAGGAGAAGCUGCCGGCCUCAUCGAGUUAUCAUGGACAUGUAUAGCAGAAACCACAAGCCGCUGACAGACCAGAAGCGGGCACACCUCUCAGGUCAUGAGGAUGCAACCGAAGAUUUUGGCAUUUAUGAGUUUGUCACAAUUCCGGGUAGAUCAGAUUCCACACAGGCAUCCAGCAAGUCUCUCUCGGGCCUAAAUUCUGUCCAGGAUUUGCAUUCCACCAUCUAUGAUGUCAUCAGACAUAUUCCUGAAACGCCAACGCAGGGUCUGCUGAAGUAGACAUUGGGAGUGCUUGUCCUACGAUCACGUUAGGAGUCUUUUUCCUGAACUUGAGAACUUUGGGUGCCAAUGCCCCUUUCUAGCUCUGACUGUUCUCAAUGAGUUUCAUGUGCUUUCCAGGAGAAAGUACGGACUCUCUCCUGCACUGGUCCUAUUUUCCACAGCUGGGCAUUGCCCAAUGUAGCAUCUCAUUAUUGCCAAUCCCAUUAUGUAAUAUGUAAUAUUAUUUUAGUGUCAGUAACCACAUACUGCAAAAGGGACUCCUGGUAAGUUUAUUUAUUUAAAUGCUUUGCUAAUAUUGUGUAAAGCUUGUUCUGUAUGGUAUGUUUUGUGUGACAAGAUACCAGACUGGGAGUGUGUUAACGCUGAGUAAUGUCAGUGUAUUCCUCUGUCCUCUUUUACUGUUCCCUUCAUUUUUUUCCAUGCCAACUGCAAGAGGGUACAUAAGAUCUUGAGUGUUUAUCUCAUCCUAAAAAUAGUAAUGACAUUUUCUCUGGACAUGAUUUUGAAGCUGGUUUUCAAAGUUUUAUGAAUGAUUGAACAAUUUAUGGGCUAUCUAAGAUGUGUACAUUUUGUAUCUUAAUAAAGAUUUAUUCACAGUUUAUUAUGAA